ACAGUAUAGAUCUCUAGAGACAUCUGUAGAUACAACUAUUGGAUAUAGAUGACUAUAGCAACUGUCACAUCUUUAACUUCAAUUCUUUAAUGCUAUAUACACAUACAUCAGGUUGUAUCCGCUGUUCUGAGUUGAUAGUUAUUAGAGACUAACAUAAGAAACUAACAUGAUAAGUAAAUAUUAUUAUAUUGUGUUAAAAAGAAGACAUUUAACAUGUUGGUUCUUUCUUGCAAAGAAUAAAUAAAAUGUGAACAGUUCUCUUGCAAGAACAUUGCUAUCGUUUUAGCAUGUGAAGACAUCUGAAGUAGAAACAUGAUGAUAAAACAUGCAUUCUUGUGAGCUAGAAAAAAAAAUAAAUCAUGCGUGGUAUGUGUAAUUAAAUAUUCUCUAUAUAACCUUAUGGAAUUUAAUGUCUGUUUAAUCAGUCUUAUAAUAAAGCUGUUGUAGCUUAGAAAAAAUGGCAAACGCUGUGGUGUAGUGGCAAAGCGGGCAGCAUUGCUGCUUCACAGCUUCAGGAUCUCUGGUUCGAUCUUGAGCUGAGUUUUUGUGCAUGUACUCCCCAUGUCCAUGUGAGUUUACUCUGGGUUCUCCGGUUUCCUCCGACCUCCCAAAAUCUAGUAGGUUGAUUGGCUGAGAUAAAUUGCGCCUAAUUGUGCAUGAGCGUGUGAAUGUGUGUGCAUGGUGCCCUGCAAUGGACAGGAGUCCCAUCUAGGAUGUAUUCCCGCCUCACACCCAAUGUUCCCAGGAUAGGCUCCAGAAAAUGUGUUGUUUAAUGAUUGCUAAUAGUGGGUCUGACUUCUGUCUCUACUGAAUGACAACAACUCACUGAUAGCAUAUUCAGCUUAGAUGGUGCAUUAACGGAGGUCCUCCACUAUAAAGACAAAGAGCUGUUGUCCACCCUCCCCUUGCAGCUGAACAACUUGAGGAAAGAGCAAAUCCUCACAGAUGUUGUCCUUUGUUCUGAUGGCAAUGAGAUCCCCUGUCACCGUAAUGUUCUGGUGUCCAGCAGCCCCUAUUUCCAUGCUAUGUUCUGCAGCAACUUUUGUGAAAGACACCAGGCUCGGGUGGAUAUGCAGGGAGUUCCCUAUAAUGCCCUGAACAGCAUUGUGGACUAUGUUUACACAGGAGCCGUUAGUAUUACAAUGGAGUCAGUUCUCCCUCUGAUGCAAGCUGCUGCCAUGCUACACUAUGAGCGGCUUUUCGAGGCAUGCUCAACCUUCUUGCAGGCCCAGCUCAGGCCGGACAACUGCUUGAGCAUGAUCCGCCUUUCAGAGAUUCUACACUGCACCAGUUUGCAGCAGAAAGCUCGAGAGAUGGCUGUGAAAAGCUUCUCUGACGUUAUGACUUCCGAGGACUUCUGUGAACUCUCCCUGAAAGAGUUGGUUGGUUACUUAGAAGAUGACCAGUUGUGUGCUGAGGAGGAGCAGGUGUUUGAAAUCCUCCUGGCUUGGAUCCAUCAUGACCCUUUUGCCCGCCAAGGUGCUAUCCACGACCUUUUCCGACAGGUGAGGCUACGACACAUCCACCCCUCCUACCUCUUCCAGUUCAUUGCCAGUGAUCCAUUGGUGCAGUCCUCCUCCCUUUGUACUGAGAUCAUUGAAUCAGUCAGACGUCUCCUCUUUUCUGUUGGUUCCCAUUGUCCGGGUGAACUGCAACCAUUCUGGACUGCUCCACGACGUCAUGCCUUUAAAGAAGCUCUAGUCGUUGUAGGUGGGCGUAAAAACAAUGAGCGCACAUCUCGCGAGGCGCUGCUAUUUGAUGAACAGACAGGGUGCUGGCAAUGGCUGGCUAAGUUACCUGUACGACUCUAUCGUGCCUCUUACGUCUGCAUGCACAGCAUCCUGUAUGUUCUGGGAGGUCUCACCAUGACCACAGGAGGAGGUGGUGUACCUUCUGCCACAGUUUACACACUCUCCCUAAAAAUGAAUCAGUGGAGGGUUGCAGAGCCCAUGCUGGUGCCUCGAUUUGGCCAUCAGAGCAUCUCCUAUCUACAGUUCAUCUUUGUUUUAGGUGGCAUUACAGGUGACAGACAGAUCUCCAAUGGGGUGGAGAGAUACAAUACCAUGUUCAACCUAUGGGAGUCCAUGGCUCCAUUGCCAGAAGCAGUUCAGCACCCUGCUGUAGCAGCACAUAACCAGAGAAUCUAUGUAUUUGGUGGGGAAGAUGCCAUGCAAAAUCCAGUACGAAUGAUUCAGGUGUACCACAUUGGAAGAAAUCUCUGGUGUAAAAUAGAGAACAGGAUGGUGAAGAAUGUUAGUGCCCCUGCUUCAGUAAUUGAUGGCAAAAUCUAUAUUAUUGGAGGCUAUACAAGAAGAAUGGUGGCAUAUGACAUUAAAGCAAACAGAUUUAUUAAAUGUAAGAAUAUGAAAGAGAGAAGGAUGCAUCACUCAGCCACCGUCAUCAACAACAGACUCUAUGUCACUGGGGGACGAUACAUUAACAGCCAUAAUGAUGUCCAGGAUUCAGACAGCUUUGACUGCUAUGACCCAGAGACAGAUGCAUGGACAUCAAAAGGCACUUUGCCAUUUAAACUCUUUGACCAUGGCUCAGUUCAGAUGGUGUGUAUCUCACACAAGCCUUUUCCCACAUGAAUGUGAUUAUAAUGCUGCUGAAAAUUCAGCACUGUGUACACAGAGUGGUCAUUGAAUGCUGAAUGAGAAAGCUAUGUCUAUAAGUAAAAAGCUUUCAAUGACUUAGAUGCAUGCAGGAAUCUGCAUGUGUUUUACAGAAUCAUGUAUGAUGAAUAUAAGUUGUAGUUGAUGAGUUACAUGACGUACAGCUGUUCUAGUCACAUAGGGAACUUGAUCAUAAGAUAUUCUAGAUAUGCAAUAAAAGAGCAGCAUCAUUUGAGCAUAUAACAACUCAUUGUAACGUAGCAAUAACUCUUCCUCAAAAUCUUAGGUCACAUUUACCAGAUGAUUGAGCAAGACAUCUUGGCAGUUUUUCCAUUUCUUUUAAAUGUACUGUAAGUAGGUAUGCACAUGAGUUAUUUAGUUUAAAUGCUCCUUUAAUGUCUAGCACUUUGUAGUGAAUGCUUUCAUUAUCCACACAACUUUAUCCAAAAACAUUCCUACAAUUUCCUAUUCACUGAUUCUUCUAAUGAGUUUCCAUCGUCCCUUGAAACAGUGUCUGCAGCUCUAUAUCAAAUUCUAUAUUGUAUUAAGUUUUAUUUUUCAAUUCAGUUUUGAAACAUGAAAUAUGUUCUGCAAUUAUUAUAAAAUUGUUCACAUUUCAAAGACAUUUCAAUGUAUAAUAUUUAUUUUAUUUCAGUGUUUAAUAUUGAUUUUAAAAUGUAAUAAAGCAUACCUUAUGUUUUAGAU